AUGACGAGCCUUCUGAUCCCAGGAUUGUGGGGGCAGGUCUAUGGUUGCGGAAAUGCUCCUCUGAACUCCGGGGUGAUAAGUGGCUCGGAUGCCCCAGCAGGCAUGUGGCCGUGGCAGGCCAGUAUCCAUCGCUCAGGCAGCCACGUCUGUGGAGGAUCCCUCAUCAGCAACCAGUGGGUGCUCACUGCAGCACACUGCUUUCCAAACGACUCCCCAACUGGGCUGACAGUGUAUUUGGGCGGGCAAAACCAGGGUGGCAGCAAUCCCAACCAACAGGAAAGGACAGUUGCGCUCAUCCAUAGCCACCCUCUGAAUGACCUAGCCCUGGUGGUGCUGUCUGCUCCCCUCAUCCUCAACAACUACAUCCAGCCCGUCUGUCUGGCUGACAGCAGCAGCACCUUCCACAACGGCACAGAGAGCUGGGUCACUGGAUUGAGAAAUGCAGCAGGAGUGCUGCAGCAGGUGCGUGUUCCUGUGGUGGGCAACAGACAGUGCAUCUGUCUCCAUGGCAGCAACAGCAUCACUGACAACAUGAUGUGCGCAGCUGACCUGUCUGAUGUUACUCAAGCUUGCCUGGGAGACUCAGGGGCUCCCCUGGUGGUCAAACAGGGCAGUGCGUGGGUGCAGGCUGGCAUCGCCAUCAGGUGUGGUGGGGCGGGGGUACCAGGUGUCUACACGCGCAUUUCCCACUACGUGGAUUGGAUCAACCUGCAGGGCGUCACCCCGGGAUACGUCAGCUUCCUGUCCCCAGGGGAGGACACCAGUGACCUCAACGUCACCUUGUGUGGCCAUGACCCAUUGGGCCGGUCGCCCUGGCAGGCCAGUAUCCAUCGCUCCGGCAACCAUGUCUGUGGAGGAUCCCUCAUCAGCAGCCAAUGGGUCCUCACAGCAGCACACUGCUUCCCCAAGUAA